UAUCUCAAAUGAAACCUGAAUGAAACUGCCUGAGCCACACAGGAGAGCCAAUUGUAUUUCGACCGGACAAUAGUUAGAUAGAGUAAUCAGAAGACAUAAUGGGUCAUCCCUUACCUGUCAAUGGUUCUUAGCCCUCCUCUUGGCUCAACUCUACAAGUAGGAUUUUGAAAUCCUUGGCUGAAAUAUUAGUAUUUUAAAAACUUUUAAGAUGGGCUUACCAACUUUCUUUCUUUCCCGGAGAGGAGCUAUCGUUGGUCUUCCCGCCAAUGGUAGCCAUCAUUGGAGGAAUGCUAACGAAGAAGCUAGAGCUCCUCCUCCACCCCAACCUGUCCAUCUCACUCACUGCCUUCGUUUCUUCCUCCGAGAUCAAAGCCACUCACGCACACUUCAUCGUCACCGGUCGCACCACCAACACCUUCGCCACCUCCCGCCUCCUCGCCGCCGCCGCAAUCCCUUUUACCAGAGACCUCAAGCACGUUCGCUCCCUCUUCGUCUCCCUCCCAUCACCCACACUCUUCUCCUACAACACGAUGAUCCGCGCUUCUUCCCAAAGCCCAGAACCUAUCCAUUCCCUCCACCUCUACCUCCACAUGCUGCGCUCCGGCCUCUCGCCUAACCACCUCACUCUCCCAUUCCUCCUCCGCUCCUGCGCCUCCCUUCGCCUUCUCAACCCCGGCACUUCCCUACACUGCCACGCAACAAAGCUCGGCCUCGACGGCGACAUCUUUGUCAUCAACAACACCAUCACCAUGUACUCAUCUCUCCCUGACAUGGCUUCAGCCCAAAGGAUUUUCGAUGAACAUAUCGAAACCACCGACGUCGUCUCCUGGACGGCUCUAAUCACCGGAUACUCCAACGCCGGAGCAAUUGACGCCGCGCGAUCACUCUUCAACCUUUCCCCGAGCCGGAAUCUCGUGACGUAUAACGCAAUGCUGGCCGGCUACGCGCGGGCUGGUCGAACACCAGAUGCACGCCACCUAUUCGACGAAAUGACCGAACGAAACGCCGCCUCCUGGAGCUCCUUGAUUUCAGGCUUCGUCCAGGCUGGCCUCAACAAGACGGCGCUCGCCGUCUUUCACAAGAUGGCGCGGCAAGGCGUCGAACCCAACGAGCCUCUGCUCGUAAGCGCCGUAUCGGCUUGCUCACAACUCCGAGCACUGGAGCAUGGCCGUAGCGUCCACCGCUACAUAGAAACCCUAGGCAUCCAUACCGGCAUCAUCCUCGGCUCCGCCUUAGUCGACAUGUACGGCAAAUGCGGCGGAAUCAAAGAAGCCAUACAAGUCUUCAACACAAUGCCGGAGAGAAACAUCUAUACCUGGAACUCAAUACUCUAUGGUCUCGCCAUGAACGGCGCCGGAAGCCAGGUUUUAACGCUCUUCUACAAAAUGAGGCUCGCCGGAGUAUUACCUAACUCCAUAACAUUCAUUGAUCUGCUCAGCGCUUGCAGCCAUAACGGGCUUGUGGAGGAAGGCCGAAUGCUGUUCGACGAAAUGACAAGGGUGUAUAACAUAAUACCUGAAGAGGAGCAUUAUGGAUGCAUGGUGGAUUUGUUGGGCCGUGCUGGAUUGAUCAAAGAGGCUCUGGUUUUCAUUGAGAAGAUGCCGAUUGAGCCGCAUCCGGGAGUGUGGGGAGCCCUGGCUGGAGCUUGUAGGAUCCAUGACGAGAUGGAGCUUGGUGAAGAAAUUAGCAGAUGGUUGAUCGAGCUUGAGCCAUGCCAUGGUGGAAGAUACAUCCAUCUGUCUAAUAUAUAUGGGGAUGGGAGAAGGUGGAACGAGAUGGCAGUGGUGAGGAGGCUAUUGAAGGAAAGACAGGCGGUGAAGCCUCCUGGAAGUAGCUCAGUUGAUGCACAAGUUAAUUUUUUAAGUAUAUGAUCCUUGAUUUUUUUAAAUAGCAUUUAUAUACAUAGCAUUCAAGGUA